CGGCUCUACCAUUAACUGUUUCUCGAAAGUUCUCAGGGCAAAACUGGGAUCCGGUUAAAAGGCUCCAGAACAUUUGCCCUACGAAAACGAACCCCAGCUUGGACCUGCCCGUGCUGAAUUUGCGGUUAGGCGGGUCGGUACCGUUUCGGAGCAGUACCUACCGCCAUGGAGACGGAGCCGGAGAUGGCGGCCGAGUCCGCCUCUCCUCCUCCGCCGCCACCGCCGCGGCCAUCUCCCCCUCCUUCCUCUUCUCCUCCUGCUCCCUCUGCUGCCGUAGAGGAAUCUGCUUCUAAUUCCUCCGCCGCAGAGGGAGGAGAGAAAGAUCCCGGGGAGACGGCGGCGGCGGGAGGAUCAGCCAGUGGCGGUGGGCGUGGUGCGGGAGCGGCGCUGGUGGAUGAUCGAGUGAAGGGGCCGUGGUCGCCGGAGGAGGACGCGUUGCUGAGCAAUCUGGUGAAAAAGUUCGGGGCGAGGAACUGGAGCCUGAUCGCACGGGGGAUCCCUGGCCGCUCUGGCAAAUCAUGCCGUCUCCGUUGGUGCAACCAACUCGACCCUUACGUCAAACGCAAGCCCUUCACCGAGGAAGAGGAUCGUAUCAUAAUUGCUGCCCAUGCAAUCCAUGGUAACAAGUGGGCAUCAAUUGCAAGGCUUUUAGAAGGGAGAACAGACAAUGCAAUAAAGAAUCACUGGAAUUCCACACUGAGGCGUAGACGUUUUCUGGCUGAGCAGUACAAAGCAGCAGCAUGUGAUACCGUGCAAGAUGCUAGUGCAGAGAAAGCCAAAGAAUCUUCAGAAGGAAGCCCAUCCAUUGGGGAUGUUAAUUCCUUCAAGUCCUUGGAAGGAAGAGACAUUAAUUCGAGGGAAAACAUAUCUGACAAUUCUGAAAACAUAGUCCAUGUCAGAGAUGGCCCUUCUGAAGUAAAAGACCCACCUUACCUGUUCCGACCAGUUGCUAGAAUAAGUGCCUUCCGCCCAUAUAAUCAUGCGUCUGGUCCAUCGAGUGGUUCCUUAUUGUCAGGACCAGUUCAAAUGCAUGGAGUGAUACCGCAAGUCUUUCAAGCUGGAGGUGGAGUGUGCAAAUUGCUUGAUGGUAACUGUAGUGAACCUCAGGUGCCACCCCAAUGUGGGCAUGGCUGCUGUAGCGUUCAGAAUGACAGGCAUCCUCGGAACUCUCUGCUGGGUCCUGAGUUUGUUGAAUUUGUGGAGCUUCCACCCAUCUCGAGCCAAGAAUUAUUUUCAGCAGCCUCAGAUUUAAGCAGUAUUGCCUGGCUUAAAAGCGGCUUGCAGAUCAGUAGCAGCUGUAUAUAGAGUGGUUCACCUGGUCAGAUAGCUCCACCAGGGGGACAUGUGCAAUGAGUACAAGGAGAGGAUUACAAGGAUGAUCACUUGCAACUUUCCAGUAAAAGUUGUUGCCCGCAGCUUUACAGUAAAACUAAGUCAAUGGGUUCACGAUGACUGAGGUCUCACAUAUGGCAAGGUUGCGUUUUCAUCUAGUAGCCGGGAGUCGAGAAGCAUGAACCAAACAAAAUUCCAGUUGAAAUAUGGUAGGAGGGGAUUAUGAUACUAUGUGGAGAUGGUGAAACUGAUGUUUAUCCAUAGAAUAAUAAACUAGUUAAGUUAGGACAAUCCUAGAGAUCUUGAUGGGGCAGAAAAUAUUUUUGAUUUCCGUGAUGAACUAUGUUACUUUUGUAAAGAUAAUACAUGAACAGUCUGCCAAAUAGAAAUAUGCCCUCUUUCAGCUUCUAUAACAGGAACGAUGCUAUUGUCCUGU